AAGCAUCUGGACAAUGCUCCGGAGAAUGUGAAUCUGUUCAAGGCAGACAUGCUGGACUACGACACAGUGACAGCAGCGUUUAGCGGGUGCGAGGGCGUCUUUCAUGUCGCAUCUCCAGUGCCCAUAGACAGGAUGGUUGACAAAGAGAGAGAGAUGAUGGCUCCUACUGUCAGUGGCACCAUGAAUGUACUCAAGGCUUGCUCUGCUAUGAGUGUUCAGAAACUCAUUGUGGUCUCAUCCGCCGCUGCUGUUACUUUGAACCCUAACUGGCCUCAAGAUAAACUGAAAGAUGAGAAUUGUUGGUCAGACAAACAGUUCUGUAAGGAAAAUGAGAUCUGGUACGCUCUUGCCAAGACGGAAGCUGAAGAAAUGGCCUUGGAAUAUGCAGAGAAAAGCGGAUUGCACGUCAUCACAUUUUGCCCCGGUGCGGUCUUUGGCCCUCUGUUGCAGUCCGACGUGCUCAAUAUCACCACCAAAUUCCUCCGUUAUAUCAUAAAAGGAGGUCCUGACAUAAUAAACAACAAAUUCUGGCCCAUAGUAGAUGUCCGCGAUGUCGCUGACGCACUACUCCUAUUAUACCACAAGGCGGGAUCAUCUCAGAGAUACAUAUGCUCUGAACACCAAAUGGACAUAAAAGAUUUGAUAGAUUUGAUAAAGAGCAUGUACCCUAACUAUGGUUAUGCAGACAAACUGGUUAAUGUGGAUUAUAAGCUUGCGAUGAGUUCAGAUAAACUAAAGAACCUAGGCUGGCAAGCGCGGACACUGGAGGAGACGCUUGCAGAUAGUGUGGAGUCGUACGAGAAAUCAGGUAUCCUGCAGGAUGUGGAUGGGCAACCUUGUCGGGUUCCGUAUUUCUACCGUAUGCCGCCUAUCCAAGAGUGAAUGGACACUGUUGUUGACCUGUUGUGGUUCCAUUCUUAAGUUUGAACUUCACAGAUUGUGUUUUGCAAAAAUAUGGACGCACAAGUGAAGCAUGUAUAUGUAUCUCUGUCUGUGUUUUAUUUGAAUUUGUUUGUGUUCAGCUUAUGUGCCCACCCUCAUUUGU